AAAAAUGUACUUUUUGCAUCCAGCCAGUCGCCCAGUCUGCCUUUCGCCACCAGUCGUAUAUAGAUAUUUAAAAAUAAUAUAGACAUUUCUAGCCUGAUAUUUUUGUUGGCCACAAGGGGGAUUGUGCUCUAAAUGUGAGCCAUCCACACUGGCUCUGCAGCCGUUUUUUGUACACAAUGGGCAUUUAAAGGAGAAAAAACUGCAAAGAUUUCUUCUUGUUGUUCUGCCGUGACACUUGAACGCACCAUGCAGCAUCCGAGGGCAUGGCGAGCUGUGCUGCUCCUCACAAUCGUGCUUCGCACGGGGUUGUCAGACAGAUACGGUUGCCUGUUUGAGAGAAAACUGUGCUCCAGGGAUCAGUUUUGCUCAGAUGAUGGGCUGUUUGGUCAGUGUCGCAGUUCCAAGCAGGACCGGGUCCAGUACCAAGUGACGGUUCCUGUAUUGAAGAGAAUGCAAGAAGUCCUGAAACAGCUCAUGCUACAAGGUCUUUCCUGGCAGGAUGACAUCACACAGUAUAUUCUAUCAAAGGAACUCAAGAGAGUUCCUCACACCACCCAAUCAUCUAAACCGAACGCUUCCUCGCAUGUUCCGUCCAAGCAGCAGAUCUCCAAGCCAGGGUCUGCAGCACCUGCUGGCAACUAUGCAGGUUACAUGAUUGUCGAGCCUCCUCGGUCGCAAAUGCAGGGAGCCUCCAUCAACCCUUACACAUACCAACAGCACAGGCACCAAGAAGAAGCGGAGAGAUCCCUCAUUGGAGGAGGAGGAGGCUACGCCCGCCCUUCCGCAUGGUUGCAGGCCAAUCAGAAAGAGCGAGAGCGAGAUAGGCAACUACUUCAGGAGGCACUGUCCGUCUAUUUGGCUUCUGCACCAUCCUCUUAUCGCCACCGUGGGUCAACCUCCUUGGCAUCUGCGGGCCUGCCUUACUAUGAUGACUUUCAAAUGGAGAUACCAGUGGACUAUACAGAAGAUUAUACUCUAGAGAGACUUGGAUCUACAAACAGGCAACCGCCGUUUCAAAAUAAGGCCCCUCAGGUUUACAGCACCCAGUCAGGAAAUAAUGAUGGCUUGCUGCAAAAAAUGUCAGGCGUUCUACAAAAGUACGGAGUUGACCCGAAAGAGCUCAGCCAAGAGCAGCUCUACAAAUUAGCCCUCAUACUGCAACUGCUGCAAGCCAAAGACAAGACACAAGAUAAAAAUGAGAAGGACCUUGUCACUCUCAAGGAGAUGCAGCUAUUAAAAACGGACACCAUGUCCAGUAAGCCGGAGAAGCUUGCUUCUUUCCCUGUUGCACCUGAGGCCCCUCAAGCCCCCCAACCUGUGUCAGCUGUAACCACACCCAUGACGAAGAGCGCAGGCCCCCUUUCGUCCGCCUCCCAAAUGCCACUGGUUGCUCCUGGAGAAGGAGCAGGUUUAGAGAAGGAGGGAAUGCCACAAGUUGAGGCUACGGGGGCCAAAGAGGAGUAUGGCUACAUUGUCACCAACCAGAGCCCUCUGAGUUUAUAUGAUGGUGUGAAGCUUGUGGAGCUACUGGCUGAGAAAAUGCACCUGACAACCAGCAGCUUCAUCAAUAUAAGCGUGGUGGGACCGGCACUGACAUUUCGUAUUCGCCAGAAUGAGCACAAUGCGACAGCUGCAGAGGUGGCGGAUAAAGCCGUGUCUGAAAAGAAUUUCUUGGAGUCUGAGACAAGCCUGAAGAUUCUACAGACUGGCGUGGGAGAGAGGACAAAUGCACAGGGUCUCCCGCAGGUAACCAGGGUUUCCCAGGGCUCCAGUGGGACGGUCAUCACACUGGUUUCCAUGGCAGUGGUUGGAGGAGUGUUGAUACUGGCUGUGGUCAUCGCUUGCCUCAGACAUUAUGCUCACCAAGUGGCCAAUGGCAAACUUGGUCUGGGGCCAGAGGGAGGUGCCGAAACACACUUUGAUUAUCAGGAGUUAUGUCGACAGCACAUGGCAUCCAAAUCAUCUCUGUCCCGUCAGGACUGCGUGGGCCCUGCGAUCAGUGGCGUGGCGGGUACAGCUGCCAGCGCCGGCGGGCGACGGGGAACGGAUACGUCCCGUGUGAGUAGCGUUUCCUCCCAAUUCAGCGAUGGCCCGCAGCACAGCCCGUCCUCCACCCACAGCUCCACUCCAUCCUGGAGUGAGGAGCCUGCCCAGUCAAAUAUGGACAUCUCCACCGGUCACAUGAUUCUGGCCUAUAUGGAGGACCACCUUCGUAACAAGGACCGCCUUCAGAAGGAGUGGGAGGCGCUUUGCUCCUACCAGGCCGACCCUAGUUCAGUGGCCGCGGCUCAAACUCCCAACAACAUGGCCAAAAACAGACAGGCUGAAUCACUCCCAUACGAUCACUCACGAGUGAAGCUGAAAAGGGAUGUGAACCCGAGAAAACAAGAUUACAUCAAUGCCAGCUUCAUUUUUGAUCAUGACCCUCGCCAGCCAGCCUAUAUCGCCACUCAGGGACCUCUGCCUCACACAGUGGCAGAUUUUUGGCAGAUGGUUUGGGAGAACGGCUGCACGGUGAUCGUGAUGAUGUCCGCUCUGGCGGAAGACGGACAAAAACAGAGCGAAAGAUACUGGCCAGAUGAGGGUUCGUCACUCUACCAUAUCUAUGAGGUGAACUUGGUGUCAGAGCAUAUCUGGUGCAAGGACUUCCUGGUGCGUAGCUUUUACUUGAAGAAUGUCCAGACGCAAGAAACGAGAACCCUAACGCAAUUUCACCUGCUGAGCUGGCCGGCGGACGGAAUUCCCACCUCAACACGGCCCCUGCUUGACUUCCGCAGGAAGGUGAAUAAAUGCUACAGAGGUCGCUCCUGCCCUAUUAUUAUUCACUGCAGCGAUGGGACCGGCAGAACCGGCACUUACAUUCUCAUUGACAUGGUGCUGAACCGCAUGGCCAAAGGAGUCAAGGAGAUUGAUAUUGCUGCCACACUGGAACACGUCAGAGACCAGAGACCCGGCUUGGUCAAAACCAAGGACCAAUUUGAAUUUGCACUGACAGCCGUUGCUGAGGAGGUGAAUGCCAUCUUGAAAGCCUUGCCGCAAUGAACAGCGGCACCGACCGACACACACACACACACACACACCAAGACCCAAAAAUAUUGUAAGACGAAACGGUCACAUAUCAUGGGACUCAAGUAGUUCAAUCAUUAAAAGUAUUUAAUUUAAUAAUAAAUUAUUUUAUAAAAUGUUUUAAUUUUAAUUGUUUGUUUUUUUAUUUUGACCAUAUGUGAAUAUGGUAAGUAUGGGCAGUCUGAAGACAAGAAUACAGUGCCUGUUUGAAUUCUGAAUUUCUGUGGACCAGAAUACUGUAUGCGACUGUCUUGUGUCAAUUUUAGAUGUUUUUUAUCGUGAGGUUUGGCUUUGCCUUCACGAUUGUCUACAUUCAUGUGUUACUUAUGUACUUAAAAAAAAGUGCACACCAUCAUGUUUCUCUCAAUCAUCUUCGGUGUAAAUUGUUUAAUUUCCGUGAAGCUAUGUGAUUAAUGUAAAACUCUCUCCGAUGAUUGUAUUUAUUUCAUGUAGCAGGCAGAUAAAAUAUCUAUAAAAAAUGUAUUUUUGACUUAAUGAAUAAAUAAAUUUGUGAUGUGAUGCAGCAAAAAUAAA